AUGAAGCCCCUCAAUUUGUCCUUCUCUGCGUGUGGGUUUCUUGGCAUCUACCACUUGGGGGCAGCAUCGGCCCUCAGCCGACAUGGCAAAAAACUGCUGGAUGAUGUCAAGGCCUUUGCUGGAGCUUCUGCCGGAUCCCUGGUUGCCACGGUCCUUCUAACAGCACCAGGGAGAAUCGAGGAAUGUAAUGAAUUCGUCUACAAGUUUGCAGAAGAAAUCCGAAGGCAGUCUUUCGGGGCAGUCACACCUGGCUAUGACUUUGUAGCGCGUUUGAGAAGCGGAAUGGAGCUGAUUCUGCCGCCCAAUGCUCAUGAACUGGCCCAGAACCGACUCCAUGUGUCCAUAACCAACACCAGGACCAGGGAAAACUACUUGGUCUCCCAUUUUGCCUCCAGGGAAGACCUCAUUAAGGUCCUGCUGGCCAGCAGCUUUGUGCCCAUUUACUCAGGCCUGAGACCCGUGGAGUACAAAGGGCAGCUGUGGGUGGAUGGCGGCCUCACCAACAGCCUGCCCGUCUUGCCUGUGGGCCGCACUGUGACCGUCUCCCCCUUCAGUGGCCGUGUGGACAUCUCCCCCCACGACAGAGCGCAGAGGCAGCUGUACAUCACCGUCUCCAAACAGGAACUAAUGUUGUCUGUGGCCAACCUGGUGAGACUUCAUCAAGCCCUUUUCCCACCAGACCAGGAGAAAAUGCAGUCCCUGUACCGCUCAGGCUUUGCCGACGCCGUUACAUUCUUAAAGAAAGAACACUGGUUUGAAUAG